AAGACAUUCAGAUACGGUUAAAAACAUUGCAAAAAAAACUUAUUUAGCGACUUUAGAUAAACAAGAGAGUUUAUCGGCAGCAUUUGGAAGUUGUGCUGUGUGAUGGUGAAGCUGAGAGCGAGAUGUCUGCUUCUCGGAGACGCUGCGGUGGGGAAAAGUGCCCUCUCUCACAUGUUCCACAGUGACGGUACCCUCUUCCAGAAGAACUACAGCAUGACAACGGGAGUGGGGCUGCUGAUGAAAUGUGUCAACGUCCCCGAGACCAAUGACAGCGUGGAGCUCUACAUCAUAGACUCUGCAGGGAAGGAGACAUUAGUGGAAGCCUGUGAGAAAAUGUGGGGCCAGCCGUCACUGCUCUGCCUGGUUUUUGACCUGACCAGCGAGCAGUCGUUCGCCAGCUGCAGCCACUGGAUGGAGAGAGUCCACGCACACUGCGAGGGUCUCCAUGUUCCAGGGGUCCUCGUGGGUAACAAGUCAGACCUGUCUGCUCGGAGGGAAGUGCAGGGAUCCGUGGCCCAAGAAUGGGCCGAGAGCCAGGGGUUGGAGUACCAUGAAACAUCUGCUAAGGAGAUGGAGAACUGUGACGCACCCCUCCUCAGUUUGGCCCGGGCCUUCCACUCGCUCUACCAGGAGAGGCGUGAGACCAUCCAAAAUCUGAGUCCAGGCUAGACCCCUACCCAGUUACACACACACACACUCACACACACACACACAC